AUGAACCAACUGCAAGUCAAAUACAGAGGGGACCGCUCACCCAUUGCGCGGCGACAACAAAGCUCGCCAGAGCCAUACCUAACCUAUCGGAUGAUGAAUCGGAUUCAUAUGAGGAUGAGGACGAUUCGAAACUCUCGGCAGCUUUGGUCGCGGUUCCCCCCAAGUCCUCGCUCGACGUCUCGCACCUCCUCAGCCUCGGGGCUUUCGAACUCUCGCAAGAACUGUUCCAGCGACUCCGAAGAGGAUUCGACAAGCGAUUCAUACUACGGAGUCGAAUAAGACAGCUCAGAGGUAUUACCUGACAACAUCGUCUCCGCACCACUCCUGACUCGGAAAGACAAGAAGAUUUGGACCGGCAUACCUGCGAGCUCUCUCGGCGGAACGCAGACCGACGAACUGUCGAACACGACGCGCGGAGGCAUUUUUCUCAAACAUAAUCUUCACCACUGCAGAGCACAACGAGCUCCGUCUCAGGCCGCUCGUUCCUCGCAAGCAGAAAUCCUAAUGGAAAUUUGUAAGCAACCUUCCUGUCCUGGAGCUCCCAAGGUUCAUAGCUACAGAGGUGUGUCGAAGCUGCGUGCUGCGCUGCGUUUUUUUUUUUCGUCCUGUGAUCGACCUAACCCCUAUUGGUAUAUAUCAACAGACGCAUGACUGGGCUCCACGCAAAUAUGAAUGCUGUCUCGCUGUCGUCAAGCGACCUUACGGUAACGCGCGCUCGUCUACUCAUCAUCAACAUCCGUCGGACGUGGCAGUGGGGAUCUGCUGACGUCCAGAACUGCCCAUCACUCUUAUAGAGGCUUGGAGUCAACCCGCGAAGGUCCACCUGUUGUGGAGGUUCUGCGGAUGGUCGUCGUUGCUCGGGGGCCUGCAAAAGAGAUCGGGGACGUAA